AUGCGUAAAUUAAUGGAAGCACGCGCACCACCAAUCGCUUCACACCUUGGCUGAGCAGUGCACUUCCUGGGAUCUUCUGUAAAGCUACAACGAGAGAGAAAAGACGAUGGCUGACCCGUAUGCACCACCGCCUUACCCUCCAGCGCAGAAUCCUGGAUACCCGCCUGUCCAGGAUCAGGGCUAUUCUGGCUACCCUCCCCAGUCUGCUGCGCCCUACCCUCCAGCUCAACAGACCGCUACGACAGUGGUGGUACAGCAGCAGCCUGUGAUCCAGCAGUCAGUGGUGUUCCGUGACCGUCCCGUGUUGGUCACCGACAGCAACGGACAGCAGGUGACAACUCAACUACAGUUCAAGUCUGGGGCACUCACCUGGCUCAUCUGCUGCGCCAUCUGCUGGCUGACUGGGUUCUGGUGUCUUGCUCUCAUCCCGUUCUGCAUCGACGACACCAAAGAUGUCUACCACAUCACCCCCACUGAUGGGAGAGUGGUCGGAGUUUACAAGAGGCUCUAAUCCCCUCCUAAUGCUUUAUACUGAGACUAUAUAGACCAAACAUUGUAUUUUAUGGUAUAGGGUUUUUGCAUCACUUUGGGCUGAAUGUGGGCCCUUGAUAGCAUAUUGUUAUGAUAACCAAGGCAGCUUGC